UAUGCUAAAGCUGAGCUGAGACGGUCAUAUCUACGUAAAAGAGGAAGCGCUCUGGCUCUUUCCAAAAUGGCGGCCACCAUAGAAAACAGCAGUGCUGGAGCUGCGAAUAAGAAAAAACAUUUAGGAAUCCCUGAAGCAGUGUUUGUAGAGGAUGUAGAUUCGUUUAUGAAGCAACCCGGCAAUGACACAGCAGAUGCCGUACUGAGGAAGCUUGAUGAACAGUACCAGAAAUAUAAAUACAUGGAAGUCAACCUGGUUCAGAAAAAAAUGAGGUUGAAAAGCCAGAUUCCGCAGAUCAAGCAGACAUUAGAAAUCUUACGGCACAUGCAGAAGAAAAAGGACACUACAGAUCCAAUGGAGACACAUUUCCUAUUGGCGGAUAAUGUGUACUGCAAGGCCUCUGUCCCACCUACAGAUAAAGUGUGUUUGUGGCUUGGGGCCAAUGUAAUGUUGGAGUAUGAUAUAGAUGAAGCUCAGACACUGCUGGAGAAGAAUCUUGGCACGGCUUCUCGAAACCUGGAGUCUCUAGAGGAGGACCUGGACUUCCUCCGAGACCAGUUUACAACCACUGAAGUCAAUAUGGCACGUGUGUACAACUGGGAUGUGAAGAGGAGGAGCAAAGACAACCUUCUUAAAUCAGCUGAGAGGUCUUAGAGGAGAUGUAACGUUUCCCCAUCAGUGAAACACCCCAGUCAGUUUCCCUUCGCACUGUUAUCUAUUGAUUUUGUUACUUUUAAAGUAUUUUUUCAAGUAAAAAGGAAAUGGAAAUGAAACAGAAGUCAUAAUGUCAGUUUUCUGUUUUUUCAUAAUCUAGUUGUUUGCUGCAUUUUACUGGUUGUUCCACUUUUUCGUUUCUUUUAUGCUUACUGACUUGAGUCCAGUGUUCAUGACGCUGGUGUCCAAUGUUUCCUGUUAAUGGGAGAAAUGUUCAUCUUCUGAAAUUGUCAGUGAGACGAGAAUUGCUGGCCGAAACGGGUGGGUUACUCUAAAGGGGAAAAGUGUGUUUAAUAAACCCGUUCAGGGGAAGCGUAUGUUCACUGCUUAACCUUCCCAUUUGUCCUGACUUCUUCCGCUUGCGCAUAUCUCUCUAAUCCUUCUCUUAACUCACAGCUCUUACCUCUACUGAAAACUGUACUUCCUCUCCCUUUUUAUUCUUAUCCAGCUGUAUUUAUUUGUUAAAUUGUAUCCAUUAAAACUGAAUGAGCAACUCAA